AUGGCUGUUAAAUCAUUUGAAGUAUCCGACCCAUUGGGUUCAACAUUAAAAGGCUUUGCUUUAGCUCAUCCUUCGAUUACUUUGGUACCAGAAGAGAAAAUAUUAUUCAGAAAGACUGAUAAAACUAAGAUUGCUCUAAUAUCUGGUGGUGGUAGCGGUCAUGAACCUACACAUGGUGGUUUUGUUGGUAAUGGUAUGCUAAGUGCUGCUGUCUGUGGUGAUAUAUUUGCUUCUCCAUCCACUAAACAAAUUUUAAAUGCAAUCACUUUGGUUAGUGAAAAUGCUUCUGGUGUGUUACUUAUUGUUAAGAAUUAUACAGGUGAUGUCUUACACUUUGGUUUAGCUGCUGAAAGAGCUAGAGCUCUGGGUAUCAAUUGUAAAGUUGCAGUUAUUGGUGACGAUACAGCUGUUGGCCGUGCUAAAGGUGGAAUGGUUGGCAGAAGAGCUUUAGCAGGUACUGUUCUGGUUCACAAGAUUGUUGGUUCUUUUACUGAAACUUAUUCUGAAAGAUACGGGUUAGAAGGAGCAAGUAAAGUUGCACAGAUCAUUAACGAUAAUUUGGUUACAAUCGGUGCUUCUCUUGAUCAUUGCAAAGUUCCUGGAAGAAAGUUUGAAACUGAAAUCAAUGACAACCAAAUGGAAUUGGGUAUGGGUAUUCACAAUGAACCUGGUGUCAAAGUUCUAGAACCAAUUCCUUCCACCGAGGAUUUGAUCUCUAAACAUAUGUUACCUUGUCUUUUAGAUUCCUCUGAUAGAGACAGAUAUUUUGUUGACUUUGAUAAAGAUGAUGAAGUAGUUUUAUUGAUCAACAAUCUAGGUGGUGUCUCCAAUUUGAUUUUAUCAUCAAUUGUUUCAAUUACUACUGACUUUUUAAAGAGUAAUUAUGGCAUCACACCAGUUCAAUCGAUUGCUGGUACAUUAAUGACCGCUUUCAAUGGUAAUGGUUUCAGUAUUACUUUACUAAAUGCUACAAAGGCCACUGCUAGUCUGCAAAAAGAAUUUCCUGAAAUAAAAUCUGUCUUCGAUUUACUGAACUCCAAAACAGACGCUCCAUUCUGGCCAGCUCAAUCUAAGGAUGUUAAACCUGCUAUUAAUGAAGAGCUUCUAAAGACUGAAGUAAAGGUUAAAGAUUGUGGUUCCUAUAAUUUCAAUGACUUUUCGAGAUGGAUGCAAGGUGGUGCAAAGGCAGUUAUUAAAGCUGAGCCACAUAUUACAUCUUUGGAUACUCUUGUUGGUGAUGGUGAUUGUGGGUAUACCUUAGUUGCAGGUGUUAAUGGUAUUACUAAGAACCUUGACGACAUUUCUAAAGUUUCUCUAUCAGAAGCUACCGCUCAACUUUCGGAUAUCAUCGAAAGCACAAUGGGUGGUACUUCAGGUGGUCUUUAUUCAAUUUUGAUUUCAGGUUUCUCACAUGCCUUAAUUCAAAUCUGCGCGGACGAAAAUGUUCCUGUCAGUAAAGAAGUUUUGGCAAGAGCAUUUGAAAUGGCUUUAGAAACCCUAUAUAAAUACACCAAUGCCAGACCUGGUUCUUCAACAAUGGUUGAUGCUCUAGAACCAUUUGUCAAGGAAUUUUCUUCUAGUAAAGACUUCAAGAAAGCAGUAGCCGCUGCUGAUGCAGGAGCAAAGAGCACUGGUAGUAUCGAAGCCAAGUUCGGUAGGGCCUCAUAUGUUGGGGAAUCUGCUGGUAUCGAGGAUCCAGGUGCUGUCGGACUUGUUGCAUUCUUACAAGGUAUCGAGUCCGUUUUAUGA